AUGUCCAGACGACUCAUUUCGUUACUGCUGUCAGGUCUCAUCACACAAACUGGUGCUCAACAUGUUGUCAAAGAACCAGAUACAGUCUGUGUAACGUACUUAUCAACAUAUCUCGUCCCUAUUUCGUCGAACGCCACAGGUUCUGUGCCUACAGAUGGCGCGAACAGCUCAUCGCAGACAUUUGAUGCUGCCUUGACAGCUUUUACCACAUUAGAGUCCGGGAUUAAUCCAUCCCUCGAACUGACCGAGGCUCUUCAACCUUCCCAGUCUCUUUCUGGUGAUUCCAAUCAGUUUAUCACAACCUCGGUCACGACCGGUACGAAUACAGCGGACUCCGAUCCCACGACAGCGCCCGGGCCUGAUGACCAGCUCGUUGUCUUCCGCAUCGUCCCAGACACUGAUAGCUCAAGACGGAGGCGACUCAAGAGAGCGCUUGGAGGCUUUGUAGGCUCUACCUCGGAGAUAUGCCAAGAUGCUUCUGCGUUUAGCCUCUCUGGCGGACGCCUUCUUGACGGCCGGAGACCCAUUUACUACAACGGCGAAGACUUUAAGGAACUGCGCGGUCAACAGACGACACCACCUCGCGAGGCUGUUGCUACCACAUUUGCUGGUGAUGGUGGAUUCCUCCAACAACCCAUUUCCGGAUAA